AUGUUCUUGGUCGACUCUGCCAUCUUCGGGACGACGAAUGUGCGUGCGAGUCAUCGACUCAUGCUUAUAAGGACGUACGUCGCCCGCAACGCACAGCAUCUCCAUAUCCGUAUGUCUGCAAACAUGGCAGCUGCGAAAUUAUUCGGGACCGUCGAGCUUCUCGAAGCCAUCUUAUUAGAAAUCCCGACUCGGGAUAUCAUACUUGCGGCCAAUACAUGCCUGGGAUGGCGAGCCGUCGUCGAGGGUUCCAAAGCAUUACGGGAGGAGCUGAUCUCGGCCCCCGACCUAUGGGUCGUUCACCAGUCCACCCAGCGCGACUUCGACAGAACAAGGCCACAGGAGCAUCCUGACUAUCAGGAGAAGGCGGAGCAACUCAUGGCUCCAGAGAUACUCCCGACGGACUUCUGGUGUACCAAUUUCCUCUCAACGUCCUCGUACGACGACUUGCCAUGGGAUCGUAUUCUGGUUCGUCGCGUCUGCGGCGAGGACUACUUCACCGUCCUAAGGGAAAACGACCGUGGCCACAUCACUAUACGAUUCGUCAACGGCCAAGAAAGGGCUCCGACGCAGCAUCAGCCGGACUAG